ACGGGGAAGAUUUUUGCAAAUCAAAUGCAAACACAAACAGCAUUACUAUAGAAAACCGUGCCACAUCAGCUCUCCGUCUGCAUUUUCUACGGGUUCUGAGAAGCCAAGAAGCCGACGCGCCUGUUCCGCGUUAGCCCGUUAGAAGAACAGAGAAAACAUGCUGCUACUAUCCUAUUAUGCACCACCGUAGACUUCCUGUUGGUUGUGGUUGUGGUUAUGGUUAUGGCCGUCCUCCCUGCCUUCUGCACUGAUUCGCUCUCGUCUUGGAGACCAUCCUGACGUCAUUUGUUUAACUCCAUAUCUCUGUUAAGGUGAUUGGCUAGCGUCUUCCACCGUAGGGCGGGUUCCUUUGUUCUCUGAUUUAUAAUUGGCUUUUCCCCGAUGCCCUGUCUAGUGAAUAUUGGGUGGGUAUUUUAUUGUCAAUCUCUGAUUGGUGAAGAAUUGAUCGAGGAGGCGUGCUUGUGCUGGUAACCCGGAAGUACCGUGCUGCUGAUGUGGCUGGAGGAGGAGUUCGGCGAGCAAUCGUCCGAGAGUCGGGAUUUAACGUAGCUCAGAUAUACCCCAUCGAAUCCGGACGGGCUGACAGAUACGGGGAGAGGCCCUGUCCUGCUCGGAAUGUUCAGCCGUCUUUCUGGUAUCGCUAACACUGUCUUACAUGAACUUUCUGGUGAUGGAGAGGGAGAUGGAGACCUUGGGACAUACAUUGACCAGUCCUUCACGGUAGGAAUAUUCUGCUGCAAAUCAUUUUAAUUCUGCAAAUAGAAAUCCGUUAUGGAAUCCGCUUCUCAAGAGGAAAUGUCCGAGGACCAGAUGGAAAGACUGGCUCACUAUGAGCAGCUUGUUGUACAGCUAAAGGAGUUGAUCCAGCAGAAGGAUACAGAGAUAGAGCAAAGGGAUGCACAGAUAAAACUGGAAAGGGAAACUUCAGAUGCAAAGAUGGCCAAACUGAAGCUCCAAGCAAAGGCAAAAGUUGCUAACUUAAACAAGCAGCUCGAAGAACUUAAGAAAACGUCAGCUGACAAUAAGGUGAACAAAGAGGGGAGCAGUGAUGCAUGGCACCAUGAUCAGAGAGAGGAGGAAAGGAUUCAUGAGGAGGAGAGAAGGAGACUACAAAAUAAUGUAUCAGAGCUCACACAGCAGCUUCAAGAGAGUCAAGAGACUGUUUCAAAGCUCACAAGACAAUUGUAUGAUAGUCAAGAUAGUUUUGGUGAACUUACUAGACAACUCCACGAGAGCCAGCAAACCGUGGAACAGCUCCAAAAAUGCCAACAAAAACAGGAAGCUGAGACCCUUGAUCUGCAGCAGAAGCUAGAGGAGCAGUGUGAAACUCUCCGUGCCCGCACUCAGUUUGUCGAGAUGUUAGAGCAGGAACUACAGAGUGCAGAAUUUCAGAAACAGGUUCUAUCUGAGCAAUUCAGGCAGAUGGAAACAGAAUUAAAAUCUUUGGAUGGGGAUAGGAAAGAAUAUGCUUUUCAAGUGACCAUAUUAGAGAAAAAACUUACAGAAAAGGAUAAUUCUUGUGAAAGGCUGCUUAAGGAGUUAGAGCAAGAGAGUGGAGUUCAACAGGAACUAGAGAAAAUGAAGACUGAUAUGGAACAAAUGAAGAAAGAGCUUGAAAAAGGGCAAGAAGCUCACAAAGAGCUGGAACAAUUGAGAGAAGAACUGAAGAGAGGGAAAGUGGAACAGGAUAAGUUAGAGCAAAUGGAAGAGCAACUGAAGAAAGUAAUGGAAGAUCAGGGUGAGUUGGUACAAGAGAAAGGUGAGCUGAGCAGAUUGAAAUAUGCCCAGCAGGAAAUAGAACAAACAGAAAGAGUUCAUGAAGAGUUAGAGAGAAUGAAAGAAGAACUUGAACAAUUGAGAGGUUAUCAGAUUGAAUUGGAGCAAGUUAGAAAUGAACUGGAGAGAGAAAAGGGCGUUAAGGAGGAACUUGAGAAAGCAAAAGAGGAGUUGUGCACAGUAAAAGCAGUUAAAACUGAACUGAACGAGCGGAAAACUGAAGAGACUCUUUACCUUCAACAACAAAAUAUGGAAAGGCCAGUAACCAAGAACAUUCCGGAGGAUUUUAUGGAAGUAAAUGAUGAACAGAGGGAAAAUAUGAACUUAAACCAGGAGUAUUCUAUGUCCUUGAAUAUUCUAACCCCAGGGGAAAAUGACUCUGCUUUAAGCGUAAUAAAAAAUGAGUACUAUGGGCAAAUGUCUGAUGAAAUGUCAAAGACAGAAACUGAAGAGACGCCACAAGAGGAUGAGUACAUUGUGCAUACUGCCUCCGAGAAUGUUCUGGAACCACAUGGUGAGCUUUUAACACAGGUGUUGAACCCCUCUACAGUGGAGAAAGAUGGACUUGACUCUGUAUCUGAAGGAUUUGCUAUUGCUUUGGGAGAUGCUAUAGAAGAUAUGCAAAAGAAGCAAUUAUCUAUCCUUAUGAUGGAUCUCCGAGACACCCAAGAAGAGAUAGAGAGCCUGAAGGGGCAACUGUUGGAGAAAGUUGAAGAAUUGCCCUGUGAAACAUUAGUACAAAGCAUGGAUGAUAGUGAAUUCAAAAUUGAAUAUAACUCUGAUGGACUAACUGAUGCAAAGAACAGUGAACAUCUAGAACUUAUUUUUUAUGAAGAAAGUUCAGGGAUGACAUACACAGAUGAAAGUAAUGACCCCUCAGUCCUAAACCUAUCUCAAGCAAAAGCACAAUUUAAACAGAUCAUAGAUACUGAAGAGUCUAAUACUACCUGUCAAGCGCUGUCAUUAUUAACUAGAGACAGUAGCAACAAUGAGAUAAAUGUAGAUAUUAAGGCACUGAAUGAGCUUGUGUUGGAACUGCAAAAUCAAGUGCAAACUUUGAACUUGGAGAAGGAGGCCCUGGUCAAGAGGAUUACGUAUAUAGACACAGACAUUAAACAAAUGGAAUACUAUGGGGCUCAGAACAUCUUAGCUGAACAAGUAAACAGUUUAGAAAACGAGUCAAAAUCCAAAGACUUAAAAAUUACAGCUCUGCAAAAAGAUCUUGAUCAACUGAAUCUUCAAAUGUCUGAGCAAGAUGCACUUUUAAGACUGAAGGAAAUUCAGCUGUGUGAAAAAGAGGAAAAUGUGGUAAGUUUUCAGGAAAUGCUGAACCUAAGUCAGAGCAAAGAAGUGAGGCUUUCUGAAGCACUUGCAGGAAAUGAAAGGGAAAAUGUCUUGCUUCAGGAUCUCCUUUCACAAAAAAGUGCAAGCAUAAUAAACUUUGAAAUGCUGCUAGCAGAGAAGGAUCAGCAGCUGGAUGAGUUAAGUCAUAGCCUUUCUGAUAAGGUUGUACUCCUAAAUGAAGAAAAACAUUCCUUGUGUUUGGAAAUAAAGAUUCUUCAAGAACAGUUGAUAUCAGUUGAGGGAGAACAGAAGGAGGAUAUGGAACAUUCUGAUACACAACAAAAAGAAAGUGAAGAUAUACGUGUGCAGUUAGAUCAAAUCAUAAAAGAGAAAGCUCAGCUUCAGGACAUGAUGGACUUAGUACAGCAAGAGCGAGAUGAGCUGCUUCAACAGUUAGAGGUCACAAGAUUUGAUCUCGUGAAAAAUCAAGAAAUGUUGCACCGUGUCCAAGAAGAAUUGCAUUUGUUCCAAAUUCAAUUGCAAGAAGGUACAUGUGAGCAUUUGCAAACCCAAGAAAUGCUUUCAUCUGUGCAAAGAGAAAACGAGGAACUAGAAGCCAUCGUAAAAUCACUAAGACAGGAUAAUGUCCAGCAGGAAGAAUUUGUGAAAUUGCAACAGAGUGCACAUGAGGAUUUGCAAGAACAACUCCAAAAACUAACUGAGACACAGCUUCAUAAUGCAGACACCAUACACAAUCUGCAGAGAGAGAAGAGCAACUUAGAGAAUGAGUUGCAUUUUUUCAAAAGCAGAUCAUUGCCAGACUUUAAUGAGCCAAAGGAGAAAGAAGAGAUGCAACAGCAAUUGGAAUUGCAAAAGAAUGAACUUGAUCAUCUGAAGAAAAAGCUUCAGGCUGCUCUUAUCAACAGGAAGGAACUCCUGAAAAAGGUGUCUGUUCUGGAGAAAAAGUUAAUUAAAUAUAAUACAGAGCCUGAUAGCAUAAUUGUGGAAUCUACCUGCCAACAAGUAACGGAGCAAAAUACAGUUGAAGUUCUGAAACUGCAGCUUUCAGAAAUGCAAUCUGACCUGGAACGAGCCAGGAGAGAAAUGACUGAAAAACAGGCAGAUGAAGAGAAACUUCAGACUCUGAUAGAAGAAAUGAGUUUAGAGAUGAGUAAAAAAGAUAACUUGAUUGAAACACUACAUAUGGAGAAAUCAGAGAACCUUUCCUUGAUUGAAAGACUAACCGCAGAAUCUCAGAACUCAGAAUAUUUAGCUUCUGUGCCUUCAUGUGAGCCUGAUGAACUAAUCGACACAAGAGUUAUGUUGGAAAACAAAAUAAUAAAUCUUGAGCAAGAGAAAGAUCAUCUGCAAAAGAAAAUUCAGGAAGCUCUAAAUUCUCGUAGGGACACCAUUAAAAAAGCACAGGAAAAAGACAGACAUCAUCGUGAACAGCUGAAACAACAGAAAGAUGAAUACAAUUUAUUGCAGGAAAAAUAUGAAGAGCAGCAAAAACAUAAUUUGGAGCUCCAAGGACAGUUAAAGAACCUGCAAGAAAUUGAGCCACCAAGGUGGUCUCCAUUAGAUUCACAGAAUGCAGGCACACAAACCAAUGUGAUAGAUCAGCAGCAUUCAAAAUGUGGGGUGGAAUUUAUAAAUGCAGUAGCUGACGAGGAUCUUUCUACUGAGAUUACAGUGGAGGCUUUAAAACAGCAGUUAGGUAUUUUUGAGCAACAGAGAGAUGAGUGUGAACUAAGAGCUGUUUCUUUAGAAGAAGAUCUUAAACACAGUGUUGAACAAGUUUUAAAACUUCAAGAGACCAUAGAGGAUUUGAACAGACAACUUCAACAUCAAAAAGAAAAUUGUCAAGAGUUUGAAGCCAAAGCUGCCUCUUUAAAGAAAGAGCUAGAUAAAAGCCUUCAGGAUUGCAACAAAUUUCAAUUAAUGGAAUCGAAAAUAAAGGAAAAACAGACAGAGAUUUCUCUUAAGCAAGAGGAAAUAAAUGGUCUUCAGAUGGUGCUAGAAGAAAGAAAUGAAUUUGUAAAAAACCUCCAGAUGUCUAUAUUGGAAAAGGAUGAAAUGGUAAGUGCCCUCAAGUCUCAGUUGGAACAUCAAGCAAAGGAGAAUAAGGAAUGCAUUCAAAAAUUUGAAAAGCAGAUUCUUGAAGUGCAGCAAAAACAAGAUGAAGAUGUGGAGGUAGCUAGGAACAAAAAUCAACUUCAGAGGAAGUUGCAGGCUGCUUUAAUCUCUAGAAAAGAAGCACUUAAAGAGAGUAAGUCUUUACAAUUAGAACUGGAUAAUAUGAGAAAACAAAGAGAGGAGCUGUCUAACCACUUGAGAAUGGCAGAAAGAUCUGUCUUUGAAAUAAGUGAGGAAAGGGACAACCUGCUUGAUAAAUUACUUAGCAAGAAAGAAGAGUUAAACAAGCUGAUCGGGGAUGUUGACAAAAGUUUAGCAGAUAAUAAAAAUCUGGAAGAUUCAUGUGAAAGUCUGAAACUUGCCUUAGCAGGUAUUACACAUGAGAAAGAAAUCUUGAAAAAAGAACUGGAAUCUAUGAAGAAUGCAGGCUCUACACAGCAACUUGAAUGGCAAGAGAAACUGUCUGACCAACAAAAAGAAUAUGAAUCACUGCUUCAGUCCUAUGAAAAUGUUAGCAAUGAGAUGGACAGGAUGAAUCGAGCUUUAGAAGCUGUAAGGCAGGAGAAGCAAGAGAUAUUCCAUAAAAUGAAAAGCAUGGAAUCUGCAAAAAUAGAAGUUGAGAAGCAACUGGAAGAUGUGGAGCAAGAAUUAGAAAAUAUGAAGGAUAAGAUGAGGAAAUAUGCCAAAUCAAAGCAGCAAAAAAUACUGGAUCUAGAAGAAGAGAAUGAAAAGCUCAGAGGAGAGUUACAACCCAGUAACAGUGAACAAAUAUUACAGUUUAAUAAAGAAAAUGAGGAGCUUAAAGCUGAGCUUGAAAGACUGAACUCGGAAAAUUGUGAUCUUGUUACUCAACUGGAAGUGGUCAAGAAUGAAAAUUUUUCUCUUAUUCAACAGUCAGAAUGCCUGCAAAAUCAACUUCAGAGUAUUGAAUCAAAACUAGGAAGAACUGAGGAAGAACAUCCCAUUUUCAGUCAAGAUGGGGCUAUAACCACACAUGAAUCCCCUGUUGUAUCUGUUUUACCACCCCCAAAAAGUAGAGAAAAGACCGGCAGCAGUCCGAUAUCUCUGGAACUACUCGAUGAUCAAAAAAGCACAUCUGACAAAGUUGAUAUGAAUUUGAUUGCUCAGUUGCAAGAUCGUAUUAAUGAACUGGAGAAUAGCAUGAAAGAACGUGAUUUUGAAAAUAUAAGUGAUGAGAUAAAGGUCUUACGAGAAGAUAAGCUUAAGGCUGGAAACCAGAUAUCUUAUUUGUUAGAGCAAAUAAGUCAGCUGCAGGAUCACAUAAAUGAAUUGGAAAAUGGUGCAAAAGAAAAUGGUUUUGAGAAAAUUAGUGAUGACAUAAAGGUAUUACGAGAAGACAAGCGCAAGGCUGAAACACAGAUAUCUAAUUUGUUAGAGGAUGUAAGUCAACUGCAAAUAAAGACGGAAGAGUUAAAAGAAAUAAAUAAAAAAAUACAAAUUUCCGAGGCUAAGGCAGUUAAAGAAAAGGAGAUGACAGAGCUGGAAAAGGAUGAGUUGGAGGAACGCCUGAUGAACCAGUUGGCUGAACUCAAUGGAAGUAUAGGAAAUUAUCAACAGGAUGCUAUGGAUUUACAGAUAAAAAAUGACUACUUGCAAAAAGAGUUACAGGACCUCCAGUUUGAAUUAGAAGAGGAGAAGAGGAAGUUAGAGAUGCAAAAAGCAGAAGCACUUUCUCAUGUUCAGAAAGAGUAUGUAGAGAAACUGAAAUCAGUGCAUCAGGGAGAAAAGGGCAGAGAGAGACAGACAAGAGAGCUUCAAGAACUUCUCAAGGAGAAACAGCAAGAAGUACGCCAUUUGCAGAAAGACUGUAUUCAGUUCCAAGAGACUAUCAGUGGUUUAGAAAGAACAGUUAAGGCUUUAGAGUUCGUUCAUAGUGCGUGUGAGAAAGACAAGGUAGCAGCAAACGAAAAAAUAGCUAAGGCCAGGGAAGAUACAAAAAAAGCAAAAGCUGACUUAGUGUCAAUCCGUGUGAUGUUAGAUGAUACUCAAAGUGAAGCAGCAAGAGUAUUAGCAGAGAGUAUGAAACUAAAGGAAAGUCUUCGUGUAGCAGGGGAGGAUUCAGCUUUAAAACUGAAAAAGAAAGAUGAGGAAGCAGAAAAGAGGUUGGAACAUGAAAGAGAGAAGCAUCUUAAAGAGAUGAAAAACAUGCAGGAGAAGCUAGAUUUACUGCAGCAGGAAAAAGAAAGUAUGGAUGGAACUAUUACUGGCUUGCAGACUGCUUUGGACAAUAAGACUGUGGAACUGAAGGAGCUCCGUGGGAAUUUAAACCAAAACAUAGCAAAACUGGCAGCAUUUACCAGCAGCAUGUGUUCCUUGCAAGAUGACAGGGACCGUAUAAUAGAAGAAUCUAAAAAAUGGAAUAAAAAAUUCUCAGGUGCCAUGAAAGCAAAGGAUAAUGAAAUGGAAGAAAAGGAAAAGAUCUGUACAUCACUAAAGAAUGAGCUAACAGAAAUCACUUCACGAGCUGAAGAACUGCGGGGCCAAGUGAUUAGACUUGAGAAAGCAAAUCUGGAACUCACAACAGCCAUACAAAGUGAGGCAGAAUCUCAUCUGAAGGUACAGAAUUCCCUGCUAGAAGAAAAAACUCUGCUUUCUUCCCAACUAGAUGAGGCACAGCAUUUGCAACAGAGCUGUCAAGAAGAGCUAAAGGUGAGAAAUCUGGAAGACCUAGAUCGGCAAAAGCAGCUUGAUGCUUUGGAAACAGAAAUUCAACAAUUUAAAGCAGAGAAGGAGGACCAACUGGAUACAGUAAAAAGGUUGGAGUUAAAAGUCCAUGACAUGAAGUUGCACAUUGAACAGACUGAAAGUGAUCUGCAGGCAUCCAAAACACUGACAGAGCAACUUCAUUGUGAGCUAGAGCAGAAGGAGCAAGAUGUGGUGAGGCUGCUGAGCUCUCAAGAUGAAGCAGUAAGAGCAACUGUUAGGGAGCUGCAGGAGUUGCAUGCUGCUGAGAGCAAGGAACUCCAGAAUAGACUAACAGACAUGGAGCAGGAAAGGUCACAACUGGUAAAGAAACUGGAGGCUACAGAGUCCCAAGCACAAAACUCCCAAGAAGAUACUAGAAGAAGUAAAACUCAGCUUGAAGCAAUAACUAAAUCUAUGUGCUCACUGCAGGAGGAGCGUGAACGUUUGAUAAGUGACUACCAACAGCUCGAGCAGAGACACCUUAGUGCCAUCCUUGCCAAAGAUUCACUGAUCCAGGAGGCUGCAGCAGAGAGUAACGAACUACGUGAGGAGCUACGAUUUCUGCUGAGCCGCACAGAUGACUUGAAUGCACAAAAUGCCAAGCUGAAUGCUCAACUAGCUCGGUACCGUGAGGAUUUAAAGGAACUCAUAACCCUUAAGGACUCACAGCUGAAGCAACUUCUGGGCGAAAAAUUACAAGAAAUAGAGAGACUACGACAAGAGCAGAGUGCACAGGAGCAGCAAUUGAAGCAGGAGAAAGAGCAGGCAGAUAUUUUGAGGCAGAAACUUGAAGAAACCAGAAAAGAGAAACAGAGCACACAACUGGAAGUAGAAACCUUGACCCUCUGUGUGUCUAAACUACAGACUGAGAGGGAGGCAGGAGAGGUUCGAUUUGCAGAAGAAAUCAAAGAGGUGCAGAAGUUGAAAGAGGAGUUCUUACAACUUCAAAAAGAAUUGGCACUUGUGAAAGAGGAGAAAUAUCAAACUCAAGAAGAGGCAGAAAGGAGAGUGAAAAGUGCAGAGGAGGAGCUACAGAGGAAGCUACAAAAUUUGCAGCAUGACACUGGAAUAAUGCGCAAUGAGGCAGAAACUGCUGAGGAAAGAGUAGCAGAACUGGCAAGGGACUUGAUGGAGGCAGAGCAGCGCUUACUUCAUGCAAACGAAGAGAAUUCUUCACUGACAGCUCGGUUACAAGCGUUUCAAGGCUCCAUGAGGUCACUACAGGACAGUCAUGAUUCUGCUAAGGAAGAGUUCUAUAAAAUGCAGGUAGAGCAGAAAAAUUGGGCAGUCCUGCAGGAAGAACUCAUAUCAACAAACAAUGAGGAACAGCAAAAAUUGAAAGCAUUGUUAGAAGAGCAAACUAUAAAACUGCAAGCUGCACAUGGACAACUGAGUCAGUUAAGUUCUGACCUUCUAGCCUCACAAAACCAUAUAAAGUUAUUGGAAAACUUACAAGAAGAAAGCAAGAGACUGCCAGGGGCUAUAAAUUCAUCACAAAGAGAGGUGGCAAUACAUGUGCAGAACACAGAUCUCGGGGACAAAAAGGUGUCCGAAGGUAAUACCAAUGACUCCUUGCUAUCAGCUUUGCAGAACAGUCAAGAGGAAGUUCAGAGCCUUCACAAGCAGCUUAGUGAUGCUCUUUCUCAGGUUCACCACAAAGAGCUUAGAGUUCAACAGCUCAAUGGAAAGUUGUCUCAGAUAUUCGAUGAGAAGAAUGCUCUGUCGAUGCAACUUCGAGGAAGCAGCCAGAACCUUAAAGAUGCUCUCAAUCGAUAUGCAUUACUUGAAAAACAACUUCAGGAAUUAACACCCAAAAAUCAGGUAUCUGUACAGGAGGCCAUGAUGGUCGAUUCAGCUCCUGGAGCGCCACAAGAGAAGAAAGAAAUCCAUACAGAGGCAGACCAGCAACUCCUGGAACUGCAGCAGAGGUAUCAAGAAAUGAAACAAAAAAGCACUGAGGCAGAACAAGUGAUAGCAGACUUGGAGCGACAGCUAUUGGAGGAGCGGCAAAGGACAGAAGACAGAUUUCAGGAAAUGGAAGAGAACAUGCAGAGGUUGCAGGUAGACAACUGGUCAACCCCUGAGGAUCCAAAUAUGUCCCAAGAGCUUUCAUUGUUAAUUGAACCUCAAGAAACUGUAAAGACCAAGGCUAGAAGUUCAUCCAUCCGUAGAUUACUGCGCCAUGGGUUAUUCUCCCGCACACGGACUCCUUUGCUGAUUGCUCUUUACCAAGUAAUUAUACAUGUGCUGCUGCUUCUCUGUGUAACAGGGCACUUGUGAUUUUACAGGCUCCACCUUACAGGCUGCAUUAUUUACGCUUGGCAGAAGAGGGCUAAAACUAACAUGUACUGCACUUUACAAUUUGAUAUCACUUUAAAAUGCCUGGAACGGUUUAUUCUUUGGAUCGGCACUAGGACAUCUGUUCAGGAAAGAUUGCUGAGGACAUCCCAUAGUACUGCAACUGCAAUGUAUACAGAGGUGUACAAAAUAUGCUGUUUCUGCUGAACACUGUCAAGACUGUGUUAAAAAUGUUAUGUUCUGAUGUACCCUAUGAACGCUGAAGAUAUAACCUCUGACCUCUUAUUGUCCUAAAACACCUUUGAUGCCUUUUUCUGUAACCCAAAGUCUGAUGUUAAACCUUAUUUGUGAUUUCUGACGAAAUAUCUACAAUAUCCUGUGCCCAUUCAAUUUUGUAUCUGCGUGCAGGAUGGCAGCACCAAUCCCUCACAAAAAGAUCAUGUAUGUAUGUAGUACUUCUGGUAUGUUAGUUGUGCCUAUAUAAAGUAUGAGGACCAUAAUAUUGAUAAAAAGUAAAUUAUCUUUUAAUAAAGAAGUAUAUAUUCCUUUAAGUAUUCCACCUUGUUUCCAAAUAAAAAGCAGAAAUAUUUAAUUUUGUGUAUUCACACAACAUUAUUCCUAUAUACAUUUAAUCAAUCACCAAAUAAGCAGGUCCUAUGAGUUUGCAGCAUGCAUAAACUUUCUCAGUGGUUGAAAGUGAAAUGAGACUUUGGGAAAGGCUCUGCUAAUAUUUGACCCUUCUUUGCUCAUUAUGGUAAACAAUAUAAUAAUAAAUAAAUAGUGUUUCUCACAGAAUUUAUAUUAACCAAGUAAACAUGACCUACAGAGCCAGGCUUUUGCAUGUUAACUGGACCAGAUUUCUGUUAAGGUGAUUCUUUUGAUAAACAUAAUAUUUCAUUGUGGCUGCACUUUAUUUGUGGGGUAAGAGGUUUGAAGAUAUAUCCAUAUAACUUUAUUUUGGGGAUUUAACCAUAUACAAAAUCCUCUGCAAAAGAUUGGCCCAAUAAUUGGACUGAAUUCAAACCAUUCAUUGCAUAUUCAAAUCUUGGAAAAAAUGUAAAAACGUAAAUAAUGUGAGAAAAAGAAUUGUCACUAUUUUUCAUCGAUUGCUUUAAAGACAAUUAACUUUAAUGAUUUGGAUUCAGUUCUAUGGAGCGGUAAGGAAGUGAGCGGUGGAGGAAUCUUCAUUUUGCAGAAAAUGCUGGGAUUCAACUGAAUCCAGAACCAAAUUUAGGAUUCAGUGCCAACCCUGCUGUUGUACUCUAGGCCAUGGCUCUUACCUCUUACCCCACAUUAUGAUUAUCCAGGGCAUUUAUUUCAUUUCUCUUGAUUUUUUUUGUUUGGUGUAUGGCUUUAUAACCCUACUGUUUGAUAUAGUAUAUGUAUAAUGUAUGUAUAUAUAAUUAUAUAUUGAUACAGCUGGUGGGCAAUUGUGUCUCUGGCUGCAUCUAAUACUCAAUUGUAACGUAUUUGUGCGUCUCAUUUGGCAAAGUGCAUAGUAAAAAGCUUGUAUGUGGACAUUGGAGGAAACCUUUUAUUGGAAAGAAAUUAAUAGUUUAAUACAAAAUUUAAGCAUACUGAGCUUUUACCAAAUUUUCUGUUUUUCCCAAAUUGGUGACUCUAAGUGAUGUUCUUGCUUUUCCAGUUGUGUAGUUAGUGUAAAUGAAGAUUGUGUUUAAUAUGUCUUUCUAAUCAUGAGCUUCAUGGUGCCAAUGUAUUCAUCUAUGACUCUAUGCAAAAGGAGACAAACAGGUCAGCAACUUUCCCCAUUUACCACCCAGUGUUUAGCCAAUAUCUCCUGCACAUAAUCAUCAGUGUUGUAUAUUAUUACCAGAGGCAUAGGAAGAAUGUAUAGAUUAUACUGCACCCUGCUGCUUUGCAAACAUUAUUAGUCACCAUUCCUUGUCUGCUAAAAAUAAUGUAAACAUUAAUUAAACCCAAUAGGAUUAUUUUCCUCUAAUAAGGAUUCAUUAUAUUAUUGGGGAUCCAGUGCAAGGUAUUUUUUUCUCAUUACAGACAAAAAAAAAAAAUCAUCAUUUGAAUUAUGUGAUUAAAAUUUAAUCUUUGGGGGUGUCCUUCAUGUAAUUCAGAGCUUUCUGGAUAACUGUUUUCCAGAGAAUGGAUCUCAUACCUGUACAGAUAGCUGAUGUGUUGGAAGAGCUAAUCCCUUUACUUACAGAGGCAGAUUUCACUUAUAUUCCACAAGGUAUCCAGCCUCUUACAAUUACAGGGUCAUUACUCUGCGCUCCCAUCUCUCAUCCAAAUAAAAAAAAAAACAAGACCUAUAUUAUUUAUUGCACUACUCGGCUAUUUUUGUCAAUCAGCAACACAGUGCCAUGGUAUUACUGAAAAGAUAAUAGGUAUUUGAAAGUGUCAUGGGGAGCAUGCAGUGCCUCCUCCCCCAUUACUUCGCUCAUACCCUUCCAGCCCUUUUUCUAUUGUAAGGGCCUAUUGUGGUUUUUAUUUGCACAGUAGAUAUUUCUCUUAAGCUUCUACAGCAUCUGAUUUAGGCAAACAGGUUUGUUCGCAUCCAUGAUGGGUGUUCAUGUGAAGUGUAAUUCAUUUGUAUUUAUUGUUAUUGCAACUGAUCAGUCUUUGGUUUGCAGGUGAAUUGUGUAUGUAAUUACCAUUAUGUGGGUUUAUUCAUUCAUUGCACUGACCUCUGCAUCCCCUCUGCACUGGGGUUUCUGUAUGUGAUCUCUAUUCUGUGACUGUAUGACUAUGUAUCUUUUAUUUCCUAGCAUUUGGAAUAUGGGUUUCUUCUUAUCGCUGAUUGACACAGGACAAUCACAGCCCAAAUUUUAAAAUAAAAUAUUUUUCAAAUUAAA